AUCCACGAGGAUGGCUUCUCUGGGGAAGAUGUGAAGCAGUACAAGCCAGUGGUCUACAGCAACACUAUCCAGUCCCUGGCAGCGAUUGUCCGUGCCAUGGACACCCUGGGCAUCGAGUACGGCGACAAGGAGCGACGGGCUGAUGCCAAGAUGGUCUGCGAUGUCGUAAGUCGGAUGGAGGACACAGAGCCCUUCUCUCCAGAGCUGCUGUCAGCUAUGAUGAGACUCUGGGCAGACUCUGGGAUCCAAGAAUGCUUCAACCGGUCCCGGGAAUAUCAACUUAACGACUCAGCUCAAUACUACCUAGACAGCUUAGAUCGAAUCGGAGCUGCAGACUACCAGCCCACGGAGCAGGACAUCCUCCGAACCAGGGUCAAAACCACUGGCAUCGUAGAAACCCAUUUCACAUUCAAAAACCUCCACUUCAGGCUCUUCGACGUGGGGGGCCAGCGGUCGGAACGCAAGAAGUGGAUUCACUGCUUCGAGGAUGUCACAGCCAUCAUCUUCUGCGUCGCGCUGAGCGGCUACGACCAGGUGCUCCACGAAGAUGAAACCACGAACCGCAUGCACGAAUCUCUGAAGCUUUUUGACAGCAUCUGCAACAACAAAUGGUUCACAGACACAUCUAUCAUCCUCUUUCUAAACAAGAAGGACAUAUUUGAGGAGAAAAUUAAGAAAUCUCCACUGGCUAUCUGCUUUCCUGAGUACACAGGCCCCAACGCGUUCACGGAGGCGGUGGCGUACAUCCAGAGCCAGUACGAGAGCAAGAACAAGUCCCCCAACAAGGAGAUCUACACCCACAUCACCUGUGCCACCGACACCAACAACAUCCAGUUCGUCUUCGACGCCGUCACAGACGUCAUCAUCGCCAACAACCUGCGGGGCUGUGGACUCUACUGACACUCUACUGAGCUCUCUGCUCCCCUCCUGCCCCUCCAGGCCCGCGGACAGGUCCUCUCUUUCCUUGUUUUUUUUCCUCCUCAGAAGAUGAUGAGGAAGAAAUCCAUAAAAUUCCCCCCCUCCCCAUCCCAGAAAACUUUGCAGCGAGUUCUGCUUUUCCCCAGCCCCGUUUUGUUUUAUUUUGGUUCAUUUUUGGUUCAUUCCCUUGCUGCCUCGUUCCACUCCUCCGUUGCAGUUCACAGUGCUGUGCAGGGAGCUAACGCGUUUCCCACAGAGUGCAUUUCAACUGCCAAAAGACAAAAAUACUUCAGUUUUAAAAAGAGGGAAAAAAAAUCAAAGCCUUAAAAUACUGGUCAGGAACAGCGUAGUUUGGAACCAAAACUUUUUUUUUUUGCCUUGAGAUGAAGGGAUAUUGUUUAUUCUCCUGGUUGUCUUUUCUGCUAAAACACUACUCCUUUGGGAAGUGCUAGAUACAACCUGAUCAUUUUGAGGGUACCUUAUGGCUCCAGUUCUGACCCCAAAGCCAGAGGGGUCAGGGUUGAAUGCAGCUGCCAUAGCUUGGAUUUGUAUAUUCUCCUUUUUUCCAGACAGCUAUUUGAACAAGUAAAACAGCCAUAUCGAGUUCUGCUGGUGCCUGAGUAACGGGGACACAGUAACAAAGCCUACUAAGCCUUGUCUAAAAACAUUCAUUACUGGUAGCAGUUUUACCUCAAGUUUUUCAAGAUUAAUAUUAAAAUAUAUCUAGAGGUUGCAGUAACCCAUUUCUGAGGCACUUUGCUGGAGGCCACAGAGCCACUGGGCUGGGCCCCCUGGAGUGUUGGCAGAGAGGACCCCACGCUCGGGGGCAUCCAGGGAAGCUGGCCUGGGUACCUGGUGGCCUUUCCCAAAGCCCCUCCCAGCCUAAGGGACUGAUUUCAGCACAAGCAGUGCUCCUGCAAACAGCAUCUCUUUCCAGACUUCAGCCCUGAAGUGCUGGAAUGCACCAAAAAUAUUUAGUCUUGGUUUCUUGUAGGCAGAGUUUGACCUUCAAGUACCUGAGAUGUGAGGAGGUGCUUUGGGAAAUGUCCCCAUGGCAGGUGGCAGGAAGGUGUGCGGGAGCCUCGUGGCUCUUCAUCACCCCUCAGGCAUCUGAACAGCCUUGAGAAGCCCAGCCCUGUGCUCUGAGCCUCCUUGGCUCCUGUGUCAUCCAGAGAGCAUCCAGAGACAGCUCCACACUUGGUGUCUCCACUCAGGCGUCUCUUUACCAGUGUCUGAUGUGAGCAGGGUGUUUUAUACUGGCCAUGCAGUGGCAAAUGAGAGCUCAGGGAGCUGAUUUGAGCCAAGUGAUGCAGUAGAAAGGAAAAGUGCAAGGAAAGGAGGAAGGAAGGGCAGGGGGAGGAAAGGACAAGGGUAGUGCCCAGCACAGCAAAAGCAGGGGCUGAGAGGGGAAAAGAAAUGCAGGUGGGCUGAGUUACACUCUCUUGCCAUCACCAAGGGGUCUGGAUGCCCUUAGGUCAAAGAUG